CGCACUAUUUUUUUAUUUCACCGCUUUAAACCCAGUUGACAGCCGGAGGAUGGAGGCAGUUUUAGCCAAGUAUGAAAAUCAGAUCAAUGUAUUCUCAGACCUCCUUGAAGAUCUGCCUGAUACAAAGGAGCCCGUCUGGAUUUUAGGAAAAGAUUAUGACAUCCGAACAGAAAAAUCUGAACUGCUGUCAGAUGUCAGGUCUCGACUGUGGUUUACAUAUAGGAAAAAAUUUUCUCCGAUUGGUGGAACUGGUCCUUCCACUGACGCUGGCUGGGGAUGCAUGCUGCGCUGUGGGCAGAUGAUUUUAGCUCAGGCUCUGGUGUGCCAGCAUUUAGGCAGAGGUUGGAGGUGGGAGAAAAAUCGGAGCCAUCCGGAGGAAUACCAGAGGAUACUGCACUGCUUCCUGGACAGGAAGGAUAGCUGCUAUUCAAUUCACCAGAUGGCUCAGAUGGGAGUUGGGGAAGGCAAACCAGUGGGAGAGUGGUAUGGACCAAACACAGUCGCACAGGUGUUAAAGAAACUGGCCUUGUUUGACGACUGGAAUUCCUUGGCGGUAUAUGUUUCCAUGGACAACACUGUGGUUAUUGAAGAUAUCAAAAAACUUUGCAAGCAGCAUUGUCGGAGCCGUAUAAGGCCCAGUCCUGUGGGUGCCAGUGAGCUGCAGACGAUGAGCGAUGUGCUGGGGCAGUGUUGUGCACAGCCACCAGGGGGCACUCCAGGGUCCUGCUCACACCAACACUCUGCCUGGAAACCACUCCUGCUCAUCAUACCUCUCCGCAUGGGCAUAAACCACAUCAACCCAGUUUAUAUCCAGGCUCUGAAGGAGUGCUUCAAGAUGCCACAGUCCUUAGGUGUUUUAGGAGGAAAACCCAACCUUGCGUACUACUUCAUUGGGUUCAUUGGAGAGGAGCUGAUCUAUUUGGACCCUCACACUACACAGACGGCAGUUGAGCCAGAGGAGGGUGGCAGUGUGGACGAUCAGAGCUAUCACUCUCAGAGAACUCCCCGCCGGAUGAAGGUCAUGAACCUUGACCCCUCUGUGGCCUUAGGAUUUUUCUGCAAGGAGGAAGAAGAUUUUGACACAUGGUGUAGUGGUGUACAGAAGGAUAUUUUGAAGAACAGAAGUCUGAGGAUGUUUGAGCUGGUCGAGAAACAUCCUCCCCACUGGCCUCCCUUCGUCCCUCCCACCAAGCCCGACGUUCAGACAACAGGAGCAGAGUUCAUCGAGUCCACUGACAAGCUGUUUGAAUCGGAAGAGGAGUUUGAAAUUCUAAACGUGUGACCCCUCUUCACCACGCGACUGGACGGCGGCUACGUUUCAAAACUCGUUUGACCACGGAAGUGCCUCUGACCACUCUUACACCAAGCACAUUGUGUAACCAGCUUGCAAAAAAAAAAAGAGGACAGCGAGAGGUCACGAGGGCCUCCAGCAGAACUGCCAGCGAUGUGAGAAGCAGAAGGACACCUGUACUGUACGUUAGAGACUCCUGUGGCUGCUGUUUACAAUACAAGGAUCGCCCCUGCUUGCUCUUGUAAAAUAACGGUCUGCGCAGGCAGGCUUUUGUUAAGACUUUGCUAUGAAACGGACACCUUCUACGGGAUUGUUCAGUGCAUGAUUUAAAAAUACCAGCCUCCUAGUGAAAGAAGGAGGUCAACACUGUGGAUGCAGGUGGGAGCAUAUCUCUUCACUGCCAUCACCUCGUCAGUAGAUCUACCUCCUAAAAAGGAGAAAGAAAUAUGCAGACGAUAUUAAGUGUGAACAAACGGUGUACAUAGAAGUGCCUCUUUUACAGAUAAUCUAUUUAUAUCAAUUCUUUUCCGGCUAGUUGCAGUACCUUUGGAGAAGGUAGUGCGAUACCUCCAAACUUUGUAAGCCAGUAAAUGCAAACAUUAAAACCUGAGUUGAUUUAU